UACAAAUGUCUACCACAAGACUAAAGUGUGAUAUGUUAUGUUUUUUACCAUAAGCACCCAUAAAAUGAGCUCCAUUGCAGACAGAAAUGAUGGAAGCAUUUUUGAUGGGCUGGUGGAAGAAGAUGACAAAGAUAAAGCAAAAAGAGUGUCUAGAAACAAGUCCGAAAAGAAACGUCGAGAUCAGUUUAAUGUUCUUAUCAAAGAGCUGGGUUCCAUGCUUCCAGGUAAUGCUCGGAAGAUGGAUAAAUCCACUGUACUGCAGAAGAGCAUUGACUUUUUACGGAAGCACAAAGAAAUUACUGCACAAUCAGAUGCCAGUGAGAUUCGACAGGACUGGAAACCGACAUUCCUUAGUAAUGAAGAGUUCACACAGUUAAUGUUAGAGGCUCUUGAUGGUUUUUUUUUAGCAAUUAUGACAGAUGGAAAUAUAAUAUAUGUGUCUGAAAGUAUAACUCCCUUACUUGAACAUUUGCCAUCUGAUCUUGUGGAUCAGAGUGUAUUUAAUUUUAUCCCAGAGGGUGAGCAUUCAGAAAUUUAUAAAAUAUUGUCUUCUCAUCUGCUGGAAAGUGAUUCAUUGACACCAGAAUACUUAAAAUCAAAAAAUCAACUAGAAUUCUGUUGCCAUAUGCUGCGAGGAACAAUAGAUCCAAAAGAGCAACCUACAUACGAAUAUGUAAAAUUUAUAGGAAAUUUCAAGUGUUUGAAUAACGUUCCCAACUCAGCACACAACGGUUUUGAAGGAACUAUUCAGCGAUCACACAGGCCUUCAUAUGAAGACAAAGUUUGCUUUGUAGCCACAGUUAGAUUAGCUACACCUCAGUUUAUAAAGGAAAUGUGCACUGUUGAAGAACCCAAUGAAGAAUUCACAUCUAGACAUAGCUUAGAAUGGAAGUUCCUAUUCUUGGAUCACAGGGCACCUCCGAUAAUAGGUUAUCUUCCAUUUGAAGUUUUGGGAACAUCAGGCUAUGAUUAUUAUCAUGUGGAUGAUCUAGAUAAUCUGGCAAAAUGUCACGAGCAUUUAAUGCAAUAUGGGAAAGGGAAGUCGUGUUACUACAGAUUCCUUACAAAGGGACAACAAUGGAUUUGGCUGCAAACACAUUACUAUAUCACGUAUCACCAGUGGAAUUCCAGGCCAGAGUUUAUUGUCUGUACGCACACUGUUGUGAGUUAUGCAGAAGUUAGAGCAGAAAGACGACGAGAACUUGGUAUUGAGGAGUCUCUUCCAGAGAUAACAGCAGAUAAAAGUCAGGACUCUGGGUCUGACAAUCACAUAAACACAGUGAGUCUCAAAGAAGCACUGGAAAGGUUUGAUACCAGCCCCACACCUUCUGCUUCCUCCAGGAGUUCAAGAAAAUCUUCACAUACUGCAGUAUCAGAUCAUUCAUCGACACCAACUAAAAUGACUGUGGACACUAGCACUCCUCCAAGGCAAAGCUUAUCUGGUCAUGACAAGACUGCACAAAGAAGAUCAUCUCUGAGUAGUCAGUCUUUAAGCUCCCAGUCUCUUGGACAACCAGUAGCACAGCCAACGAUGUCUCAGCCUACAACUUUACAGCUCCAGUCUGGCAUGUCCCAGCCUGUGUUUCAGUUUUCAGCUCAAUUAGGAGCUAUGCAGCACCUAAAGGACCAGCUAGAGCAAAGAACACGCAUGAUAGAGGCAAAUAUUCAUCGGCAGCAGGAAGAGUUGCGUAAGAUUCAAGAGCAGCUUCAAAUUGUCCAUGGUCAAGGACUCCAGAUGUUCUUGCAGCAGUCAACUUCCGGACUCAACUUUGGUUCUGUGCAGCUUGCUUCUGGAAAUUCAUCAAACGUUCAGCAGCUUACACCAAUAAACAUGCAAGGUCAAGUUGUUCAGACUAAUCAGACUCAAAGUGGGAUGAACACAGGGCAUAUAAGUAGUCCACACAUGAUACAGCAACAGCCUUUGCAGAGUACUACAACACAGCAUAAUCAACAAAAUGUACUUAGUGGACACAAUCAACAGUCUUCUCUUGCCAGUCAGUCACAGAACACAGUCUCGACACCUCUGUAUAACACUAUGGUGAUUUCUCAGCCAACAACAGGAAAUGUGGUCCAGGUUCCUUCUAGCUUACCACAGAACAAUAACCAGAAUACUGCUGCAGUAACCACUUUUACACAGGAUAGACAAAUCAGAUUUUCUCAAGGUCAGCAACUUGUAACAAAACUUGUCACAGCCCCAGUAGCAUGUGGAGCGGUAAUGGUACCAAGUACUAUGUUUAUGGGACAGGUGGUGACAGCUUAUCCCACUUUUGCUGCCCAACAGCAGCAGCCACAGACUUUGUCAGUAACGCAACAACAGCAGCAGCAGCAAAGUCAGCAAGACCAGCAGCAGCAGCUCACCACAGUUCAGCAACCAGCUCAGCCGCAGCUGACCCAGCACCCCCAACAGUUCCUACAGACACCCAGGUUACUUCAUGGAAAUCAGUCAGCUCAGCUUAUCCUUUCUGCUGCUUUCCCACUACAACAAAGCACUUUUACUCAGUCCCACCACCAGCAGCAUCAGUCUCAGCAGCAGCAGCAGCAGCAACUUUCACGACACAGAACUGACAAGAUGACUGAUCCUUCCAAAGUUCAGCCACAAUAGUGUGGGGCUCUGCCUCUUUUUGAAGCAAACUACCGGGAGAGGGCUGCUCCAUAAACAGUUGCACUGAGGCUACAGAAGUAGCAGGAUGAAGGCUUUCUAACACCACAGUGUUGAGAUCUACUUCUGUUAAGAAAAGCCACAAGAUGAUGAUGGAGACAUGGCCAACUUUGACAGUUGCCCCAGUUUCUGUGUUCUAAAGGAUUUGCUGCCAUGUGUUAAUUUGUCCAGGUAAAAUCUCAAAAUGUGACUGAAAUGAGAGGGAUGCUGAAAAUAUUGGUAUUUUUAUCAAUUCUGUACAUUUUUAAAGUAUUAAAAUGGACAUGGAGCAAUUGUUUGAAUUAGCAGAAAAAAAUGCCAGAAAUAUAGUCCAAAAACCGUCUAAUUUUUUUCAGAUGAUUACGGGACAGUAAAUAUUUUGAAAAUGUUGUGUGAAAUCCAGUUCUCUGUUGUACAGAUGCUGUAAAAUAUUGUGUAUAUGUCUGCAUAAAAGGAGAAAGAGCAAAAUAUUUUAUAUGAUGCAUGAAAAUGUAAUCUGUUAUUUGUAGGUUUGAAUAUGUUUCCCUAAAUUCUCACGCCAUACUCAGACUAAUGUUUUCCUCUGUUCUACCCUUUUGUUUACAACAUGAUGCAUCAUUAUUUUCACCCUUAAUGUGGGCACAAGUCUCUUGUUUGUGCUUUGUCUGUGAUGUCAGGGUUUGUUCGGUGAGGUAUGGUGUGUUGGUUAGUUGACUUCUCGAGGUUAAAUUAUUGAUGAAGCUGUUUGAACUGGUGAUCAUGCAUCAGG